AAACAAUCGAGCGAAGAUUCAGGCGAACCAGCCGCUACCUGCUCGCCCGCCGCUACCUGCUCGCCCGGGGCCAGAGGCAAAGGCCAGAGGGCCAGCUCUCGCGCGCUCGCGAUCGACCGAGGCUAGGCCGGCUAGGCCUAGGCAACUAGCUGGCACGCGCACUGCUCUGUUGCAUGUUGACUGCCGGGGUUGACUGUUGUCUAGUUCUGUUGAGUGUUGUUUAUCAUGAUCAUGGUUGCUUUCGACAAAGUUACGUUAGAUGACUGAGGUCAAAGAAAUACACUUAAGUCUAAAUAGGCUAGACUAUACUCUUCAGAAUGGAUCGUGAACCUGGUCAUCUCCCAUUUGCUGUGAAGGAGAAAGUCUCCUCUCUUGUAUGGAUCAAGGUGGUUGCUGCUGGAAAUGCUGGUGUGGGUAAAACAUGUAUCAUCAAGCAUUUCUGUGAAGAUAAGUUUUCUCAUGGUUACCAGCCAACAGUUGGAGUUGACUAUGGCUUUAAAAUACAGAAUAUAUCUAAUGUUGAUUUAAGAGUUCAUCUUUGGGAUAUAUCUGGCCAUCCUGAUUACCAAGAAGUACGGAAUGAAUUAUUCAGUGAUACGCAGGCGUGUUUCUUGGUGUUUGAUGUGACAAACAGACAUUCCUUUGACAACCUAGAAUUCUGGUUGAAGGAAUUGAACCGCUACUGCACAUCUCCAAGUCAUGUUGUUGUAGUAGCUAACAAGAUUGAUAUUAAAGCAAAGCGUGUUGUCCAGUCAGAUGAAGCGAUGCGAUGGGCAACUGGUAAGAAAGUCAAAUACUAUGAGACUUCAGCUUUCAGUGGAGAGGGAAUCACCCGAAUGUUUACCGAUAUUCUUCAAGAAGUGAUGACAAAAUCUAGCCUUGGGACAAGGUGACACAGUCAUAUGGUAUCAGAUUUCUUAUUACAACUACUUCAUAUUUGAAACAUAAUUAUGCAAUAAUUUUGAUACCUUGAUAAUUCUUUAUAGUUAUUUUAUAAUUGUUUGUUAGAAAUAAGGUUUUCAUGAGUGGAACAUGCCAAUUGGUUCUUUUGAAGUCACCCCAAAGAAGUGUAUGUUGAAGUAAUGGAGGAUUAUGUUGAUCAUAACAUAGAAUUUAAUGGCUAUGUGAUCAACAAUACAACGUUGAUAUUGUGAUGGCUGAAUUUGAAUAUAUUUUUGUUACAUAAAUCUAAGUCUUUCAACAAAAUGUGUAAUAUACAUGCCUUUAUGGUUCUUUUGUUAUAAUGCAUCACAGUAGACAAGUAGCAUGAUCGCUGAAAUAUUGUGAUUAACAACACACUGUUGAGAUUCUUCUGAUAAAUUAAACUUUUUUCAAAAUUAAUUAAACAAUCAUUUAUAAAUUUUGUAACAUUGGUACCCUAUUGGUGUACCUGUAUAUGUGACCAACUCAAUUAUAUGGAUGGGCAUCGAUCAACAAUGGGGCCAAACUUAAUUGAGAUCAGGGCCCCGUAACUCAAAGAUUGGCGAUUAAUCGCUAAAUAAAAUGGCCUAUCAAGAUCAUCGUUGCAUGCGCAUUUUGCUCAUUAGACUUGCUGGAACCAAUCAGAAUUGCUCUCUCAAAUUAGCGAUUAAUCGCUAACCUUUGUGUUACGGGGCCUUGACUGUAUGUUCUUUACCAGUUAACCAGGAAGUCCAUCAUAGUGUUGAAUUCAAUUUGACAAAAGCAACUGGUUGUAAGGAGUCUUCACAUCCUAAUGGUUGUGUGACUCUCCCCUUGAAAGUACAGGGGCAUGUGUUCGAAUUCCGCUGUGGCACUGUCCUUCAGCAAUAUGCCAGUCUACUGUUUGCCACGCUCCAUCCAGGUUUUAAAUGGGUACCCAGUAGGAUCCAAAAAUCAUUAUAGUUUGCUUAACAAUAUGAGCUCCUUAGGGAGUGGAGAAGGUAGUGUACAUGACUGGGCAAUAUAAACACAGUUUGAAGGAUGUGCAUAAGAAUUGAUAUACACAGUUGGUCUGUUGGGUUUGGUCGCUUGCUCCAUUGCAAAUCUUGCGGAUCUAACUACUUCCUCGGUUUACGCCCUAUGCUGAAGUGAGGACACAUCUUAUUAAAUGUGUAAGGCCUCGCUUUGCCAUGGUAACAGAAUACAUGGUGGUAAAUAGCAAAAAUCUGGUUGAGCAAACUAUUUCCUUAGUUUCCACCCAAUCAUAAGACAGGGCACACACAUAGUAAAUGAGAAAGCCACAUUUCUUAAACGGGUCCGUUAAUGCAUUUCCAAUCAUAAUAAAGAUAUAUUAUGUACAGGUAUGUUCAUCACUUGAGGCUGUCUUGAUAGGAAAUGGGUGUUACCUUCACUGAUAUUUCUAGUUAAUAUUAUUGAUAAUAAAAGCAAGGGAUUAUUAAUUUUGAAAAAAAAAAAUCAUUUUUGAAUAAGAAUGAAAACAGAAAAUUUUAGAUGCACUCACACAGAAUAUGUCUACUCUGUGACAUAUCAUGCAACAUCUCCCAUGGUUAUGCAGAUAAUGCAGUACAUGUACAUGUAUAUCAGAAUAAUAUGAUUGGUAAUUUUCUACAUUUCCUUUACAAACUAAUAGUAUUUUGUCAUAGAUUUUCAAAGAAAAUAGUUUAAAGAGGAGUAAACAUAGGGAAUGCAAGCAUUUAAAAGAAAAGAAACAUUUUCUUGAACAUAACACUAUGUACGACUUUUAACCUCAUUAUUUUUUAGCUAAUUGUGUGAUGAAGGUUUCAUAAGACAUCUAUGCAUUUUGAUUUGUAACAAGUGAUUAGAAUUUGUUGUAUCAAACAUAUUUCCAUUAUAUCUACCACACAGGUUCAUAUAUAUGAUCACUAAAUUGUACAAUUAACAAUUUGUGUCUUAGCAUAAGUUUUCUUUGAGAUAAGAAUUGCUGUUAAUAUAAUGAACAGUGCAAUGUAUUCUAAUUAAUUUUACCCAUAUAUAUCAUCAGUUGAAAGUUGAGACUUACCUUUACAUAUUAUUUAGGGAAUAAUAAUUCUUGAAUAACGGUGAAUGUCAAAUGUUAAGGCGCCUUGAAUAUUCUUCCAAAACGAUACAUGUGUGUUAGAAAUGUAGCUUUUAUUUGAACAUUCUCUCUGGUGCAAGCAGCAGAUGUUAUAAAUGUAGUUUUAAAUAUUUCAGGCAGGAUACAUACCCGUCUCCCUCAAUGGACCUACAUGUAGCUGAUGACCGCAUACAUUCGUAAUUCCAACGCUUCGUAAUUCUGAAGGUUUGUAAUUCCAAAGGUCCGUAAUUUGGAAGGUUCGUUAGUCCCGAAAACGAAAUAAGGUUCAUAAUUCCGAAGGUUCAUUAGUCCGAAAACGAAAUGAGGUUCGUAAUUCCAAAGGUUUGUUGGUCCAAAAACGAAAUAAGGUUCGUAAUUCUGAAGGUUCGUUAGUCCGAAAACGAAAUGAGGUUCGUAAUUCCGAAGGUUCGUUAGUCCGAAAACGAAAUACGUUUUGAAAUUCCGAAGGUUAGUUAUUCCGAAAACAAAAUGAGGUUCGUAAUUCCGAAGGUUCGUUAGUCCGAAAAUGUAAAAAAAACAAAAAAGGGGUCUUUAUCACCCCUAUUCUUGUCCAAACAAUCAACCCCCACCCUGCGCAGAGCGAUUUUUAUCAGUUUAUGAGUAGUAAAAUGAGUAAACAUUUAAUCAAGAAUGUUUCGUUUAGUAUGCAUUUUGAACUUUGACAAAACAAUUUCAAAAAGCAUCAACAUGCCCCUAUCGAUAUUUGAUAUGAUAACUUAUAUCUGCUCUUAUACUGGUUUUCGUUAAUAGUAUUUUUCUUGUUGAAUGCAUUUAUAUUUUAUUUGUUUGAUGUUCUGUAGUCUGUGUUUUAAGUUGUACUUAUCGUAAACAUGUUCAGUUUGGUCCUUGUGCCUUUGUAUCAUGUACAUUUAUUUAUUCUUAAACUUGCACCCCCCAAUAAUCCCGUAGGAACGAAAUACUAUUUUUCCAAAAUGGGAAAUUCCCUUGUUUUUUCCAAAAUGAAAUGUGCCCUUUUCGAAAUGAAAUACCCUUUUUAAAGUAUACAUUUUAGAUUAGAAAAUCACAAGUUUUUUGGUAAUUGUUAUCAUUUAUUGUUUCCAGUUAUAAGAGGCUUAGAAUGUCCAGUUUUCAGACUGGAAUAUCUUUUUAGCUCGCGCUUCGCACUCGCAUUAUUCGAUGUAUCCUAUUCAUGAGUCACUAAACGCAGUCCUUUACAGGUUCCUUUUCUGGUCAGUAUAUUUCAGCUCGCACUUCGCGCUCGUGUUAAUUCUUCAGUUAGUUGCACAUCUUUUUAAUGAUUGCAAAAACUGCUCAGAAUGUUCUAUUUUCAUUUCUUUUGAAAUUUCAAAAAGUUUGAGCUUGCGAUUCACGCUAGCAACCCCUUCCAAUGAUGCUCUAUUGACAGUUGACCAAAAAACAAGUUUUACAUCAGCUUUGAAAUUUUUUCCAUAACGCUCGCUUGCUACACUCUCUUGCGAAAAAUAAAACCUAAAUAUAUAUCUUACCAUAAUCAGAAAUCACUUCAAAAGGGCUUUGCUCUACUUAAUUACUCUAUUUUGCUCGCCGCCCUUCUUUUUGCCUCCCCAUCCUCAUAACAAUUGACCAGCAAUGGUGUUUUUCCUCCCCCCCUUCACCACGCUUACCCUUCCGGUUUUCGCGGCUUCGCCACAGAUUAUUUCAUUUUUCAGAUUAACGAACGUUCGGAAUAAAGAACCUUAUUUUGUUUUCGGAUUAUCGAACCUUCAGAAAAAUGAACCUUAUUUCGUUUCGGAUUAACGAACCUUCGGAACAACGAACCUUAUUUCGUUUUCGGAUUAACGAUCCUUCGGAACAACGAAUCUUAUUUCGUUUUCGGACUAACGAACCUUGGGAACAACAAACCUUAUUUCUUUUUCGGACUGACGAACCUUCGGAAUAACGAAUCGUUGGAAUAAUGCCACAAAUGUUUGGAUUUACAAACCCUUUUUCGUUUUCGGAUUAACAAACAUUGAGGUACCGGUAAAGGCAAUUAACGUGUUUCGGAAUUACGAACCUUCGGAAUAACGAACCUUCGGAAUAACGAAUCUUUGGAAUCACGAAGUGUAACCGCUGAUGACUGAUAUUUCCAAUAUCAGAAUUUCAAAGUGAUAUCCACCCUAAUAUCAACAUGGUUUUGAUUUUUUAUAAGAACAUUCACAUGAGAGAAACAUAUCUAUGAAGGUUCAGCAAAAGUUCAUCAAAAGUAUAUUAAUAGAUUAAUACAUAAUUAUAAAUUUUCAGUUCUAACUUUGUGACAUAAUUUGCAAGGCUGCAAGGUUCUCUCCUUGCUGUGAAUCUAUUUUUAAUUUCUUUUCACGAUCAAUGAAUAGAUAUUUGAAUGCUAAAACAUUUAGACUUCUGAUUUGGGAAAAAAGGAAUUUUUAAUUUUAAUGCACAUUGCACAACAUAUAUUGAAAAGAAGCUAGCCAGUGGAUAAGCGUAAAGAUUUUUAAAUCAUUAGCUUUUGAUGACUGCCAAAUUUUCAUUGGCAUGCUGUUCUAUUGUUUUGCUUUCAUUAGAUAUUAACGAGAUCUAUGUCAAUAUCAACAUCCCAUUUGAUAUAAUUGUAAAUACUCUUCACUGUU